CGUGCUGCUCAUCUGCUGCUGUUUCUGAGCAGAAGAAGAAGAAGGCUUCCGUUGUUGUAGCUGGGCAUCAUGCCUGCUGCUAUGAUGAUGGAGGAAAACUUUGAUAAACUGCUGGAACAGUGUGAAGCGCAGGAGCUUGAGGCUCCAGGGGGCAUUGCAACACCUCAGGUCUACGCUCAGCUGCUGGCCCUAUAUUUACUACAUAAUGAUAUGAAUAAUGCAAGGUAUCUCUGGAAGAGGAUUCCCCAAGCCAUAAAAUCGGCAUACCCUGAAUUGACAGCCAUAUGGGCUGUUGGCCAGCGAAUUUGGCAGCGAGACUUUCCAGGGAUCUACAUGGAAAUUGCAGCCUACCAUUGGUCUGAGAAUAUAGUUCCAGUCAUGGAGGCCCUUCGAGAAAGCACGCGACAAAGGGCCUAUAGUCUGGUGGCACAGGCAUAUACGUCCAUCACAGCAGAAGAUUUUGCUGCUUUUGUGGGCUACUCUGUGGAGGAGGCAGUAAAAGGUGUAGUGAGCCAGGGCUGGCAGGCAGACCCCUCGACUAGGAUGGUGAUGCCCAAAAAGCCCGAUCCUCCCCCUGUCUCAUUGGUUCCAAAUGAGCAGCAGUUGGCCAGACUCACUGACUACGUGGCUUUCCUCGAGAACUGAUAACCCACCAAAACCACUGCCACCAUUUUCUGCCUCCAUGGUACAAGCUUGGAUAGUCUCCUCCUUCCUUGACUUUGCUCAAAACCUCACUUCCUGAUUAAGAUGUACCACACACAGACCCAUCACCACGUGUUUUUCCACUGAACAGCUUGACUUCUCAGUCUUGCUUUGUUGAAAGUCCUUGUUCCUUGAGUUUGAUUUUAGAGGAGCUCUUAUAGGAAACAGUAUUGUCAGUGUGUUUUUAUUUGGAGUGUACAGGUAUUUUUCUUAAAUGUAGCUCAUAUCUCUUAAACCUAACGUCCUCCUUCCCCACAAAACGGAGUGUGACCUCCUCGUGUUAGCACUUACACGUUACUCUGAAACCGAUUUCACCACAGAACAGAAGACCUGGUGUACAUGCAUCAUAAUACAGACUUGUUGGUUAUACAUAAGCCUCAUACAGACAUCACACAGAUUAUUGGUCAUGCAGCUUGUAAGUCAACUGAGAAAUAUGAUUGAUACCUGAGUCAAUCUUCAGUUGUGAUACAAUGUAUUAGAAAUUGAUUGAUUGGCAAAUAAAUAUAUUGAUGUAUUUCUAAUUC